UUUGUAGGAGAAAUAUGAUACUUCCCAGUUUUCUUUUUCUUGAUAAAAUUCUGUGGUCUUAUGGGGUUUGGGUAGGGGCUUUUUGAUAAACUGCUCCUCUUUACAAUAGGUAAACUUAGGACUUGUCCAAAAAUAUAGCAAGUGUUUCCAAUACACUGUUGAGCUGGAGAAAGUAAUUUCUGUUAUUUCUGUUGGGCUGGUUGAGGAGCAGAUACAGAAAGCUGGAGAACAUUCAACUUUUCAGAGCUUAAAUGUAGAGAACUCUUCUACUGUUUUUGAGAUCUUCUGCUUUUUGGCAUCAGGAAACACUAGUUUCUUUCUAACAUCUCCAUUUUGUGAAAGAAGUAGACUUCUGUCUUCCUGCUGCAACAGAAGAGCCAAAGCAACAAGGACUAUUGAGGUGGGGGGUUUGUUUUAUAGAGGGGCUGCUGGAUCCUUCCAUGUGAAAAUAGCGUUGGUAUUAGGUACCUCAAUAAUUGGACAAGGCAUCUAAUUUUAGCCGCUUCUCUCCAUGAAGGGUUAGUGUCCUGCCCUAUGCAGCACUGUUGUGCUGACAGACUUUAACCUGCAGAGUUGAUGACCUGGGGACACAAGCCAGUUGCUGUAAUUGUUUAUGAACCGUCUUGUCCUGCCAGGGGAGGAUAGGAAAAUCUUUGGCAGUGGUCCUACCUGCUGGACCUUAGUGUGCUAUCAAAAUUGCUUCACUGCCCCUUUGAUGAUCUUGUCCUUCCUGUACCACUGCUAUAGGUACUUCUAAGCCAGAGCUGAGGGCUGGACCUAGGAUCUAAACUUAGGAUUUAGUCUAGACUUCUAUUGGAUUUAAUAACACUGGGUACUGGAUUUUAAUAUGUGUUCUUUGUCUGUGGUAGGCAUCAGAGCUACAGAAAUUGUCCUGUGAGAGAGAAACAGUGGAGUUUCCCAUGGGCCAUGUGGAAGCACAUGUGAGGGUGUACGCAAUUAUCUCACCUCUCCAAGUGCAAACUCUGUGGUUCUUGUAUAAAAGACUCAAAACCCAAUUCUGGUUUUGUUUACACUAGUGUAAACUCAGAUGGUGCUGGAGCAUGUCACAGGCUGCCACUUGGGCCCUGCUCUUUCUCAGAUUCAGAAGCCUGUGUUUGCCUACUGCUUGUCUGUGAGUACAUUUCGUAGUUUAAAACUCAAUAUGCCCACGAUGCAUUCCAAAAAUCCACCGCUGCUCAACUUGCCAAGCAGUAAAAUUAGGAUUUAUGAAGCAAACAGGCCCACAAAGUAAAAAAGCUCAAGAUUUUUGUAAUCUAUAUGAACUACUAUUGUAUUGUUGGAGGGGUGUUGGUUCUAACUGCAGCCUGAAAUGCCUCAUAUGCUUUAUUUUAAAUAUAGAAUUGAUUUUAAAUAUAGGAAGUUCUUGAUUAUGUAAAAUUUUAUUUCAAUCAAGUGUUUAGAAAACCAUUAAGUAGGUUAUAAAUAGAACAGUUUUUAAACCUAUGUCCCUGUGGCCAUCUGUAUGCUGUGCUUGUUGAGGUGGGAGGAAGGGUAUUGGGUGGGGUGUUUUGUGGAGGAGUGGUUUGGGUUUUUUUAGUGUAACACAAUAAAAGGACUUUUCAGUUGAGCAGCCAUCUCCUUCUGCAGAGGAAACUUGCAGGUUAAUGUUUAUGCUUGUUUUAGUCAUCAGAGGUGAGGUGCACAAUAAUGGCCAGCCCGUGUUUCUACAAUUGGAGGAUAUUUCUCAUGAUGAAGGAAGUCUCCAAGGUACUCAUUCCAGCUGCAGUGUUCAUUGGGCUGCACAAUGGGGACUGCUGUGGCUGCUUUGGCCAUGGGGGCUGUGGGAAGAGCUGUGUGAUGCUGUCCUCCGUUCUGGCAGCCUUUGUUGGGAUCCUUGGCUCUGGAUACUGUAUAAUCAUUUCAGCACUGGGCUUGUCUCAAGGACCAUAUUGUUUUACCCACCUACAGAGAAACUGGAUCUAUCCUUUCACUGAUUCCUCUGGAGGGUACUUAUUUGAGUAUAACAAGUGGUCUGAAUGUCAAGAACCUCAAAACAUCGUGCAGUGGAAUGUCACCCUCUUUUCCAUCCUCCUUGUCUUGGGAGGAAUAGAGUUCAUUCUGUGCUUCGUGCAGAUAAUCAAUGGCAUUCUUGGAGGGCUGUGUGGGUUGUGCAGUCACGAGGAGACAUAUGUUUGCUAGAAACCUGACAAUGCAUUGACGUCGUGCAUGUGUAAUGCAAUGAGUAUUCUGUGGAUUUUUUUUUAAACAUUCCAUGCAUACUGAAAUACACAUUGUUGUCAAACUGUGCUGUUGCCAUCAAUUUAACUGACUUGGGGCCAGCCUUUGUUAUGGGAGUCAUAUGCAGGUUUGUCACUAACCUGCCUGUACUUAAAGGCAAAACGUAUCCUGAAUUUCUUUGGUUCAUUUUAUCUUAGUACAGGUAGUUGCCUGAACACAUCACUAAAGAGGCUUUAUUUAUUUUUUUUCUUUAUACUGACACAACGGCUCUGUACUUUAUCUCGCUUUCCCAAUAAAGUUGCUCUUUCAUUCUGAUCUUGGAAUGAACACAAACCAAAUCUAGUCUGGCCUGGAUAUAAAUGAAUACUGGGUUUUGGGUGGAUACAUGCACUUCACCUUUUCAGGAUUUUUCUGAACUUCCCCUGUAUUUCACAAAUAAAGAUUUGUAUUAAAAAUACCCAUCAGGUGUCAAUGAUUCCUUCCCUGCCCAUGCUGAAACACUGCUUGCCUGGUCUUGGAGUAAAGGACAGUGGUGGCAUGAGAAUGUGGAUAUAAUGCAGUCAGGUUAUAACCUGCUUUUCCUCUCCAACAGGCUCUGCCAGAGUGGAACUGCUUCACUGCUUGGUUUGGAUCAUUUAGCUGAAUCAACAAGGGUUCAGCAACAGCUCUGUGACAGAUACAGCCGCACAUGUGGAAUCCUAGUCCUGGCUGGCAGUUCUCAAAGGGGUCCCCGUGCAGCUGAAUCCAGCUGUGAGUCCCCUCUUUCCCCCCUAAGGGGGAUCACCUUCUGACUGCUCCAUUACAGGAGCAUUACAGGACACAAAACAAAAUGUGGGCCUGACUCUUGUUUUUUACCUCACUCAGUAGACCCUCAGGCCCCACAGUGUUGGGGGAAUACAGUCCAAAUUCAGGUCAGCAGAAACAGAUUAAUCUGAAAUACCUGACUUCACCAGUAAGCAACCUGGAGGCAUUAUUGUAAGCUACUGGGCAAGAACCUCUGAGGUAUAGCUUGUAGCAUAUUAGAGUGAAUGUUUUAUCACAAGUAAAUCUGAAUAACGUGCUGCCAACAGCAUUGCUGGCAAGAUCAGUAUGCAGCUGGUAGUGGCAAUUUUCAAGUGAAAACCAAAAUGUGAUGUGCUAUUUACUUCAGAGAAAUGAGUCUCACUUUUGGUAUUUAGCUGUUAAUGUUGUCUUUGAAAAGAGGCAAGUUGAUUUCUAUUUAUGGGAGAAAAGCUCCCAUGGGUGUCAGUGCAUCCUUGGGCCAUUUGUAACUAGGAGGAUGGUCUUUAAAGGUAGACAGAAACUUGAGAGGUAUCUCGGGCUGUCCACGCAGUCGAGUCUGCCCUGUACAAAUGAGUAUCUGAAAAAAAGAAAUUAACUGUGAAAUCAAAAUUGUACACACACAUCCACAGCAGCAAAAGAACUCACAGAUGGGAAGAGUUUGUGUUUAGAAUCUCAGGACACAUGAUUUUUGCAAUAGCAUUUAUUCAUACCUAAAUACAUAGAAGUAGUUGAGAGUUUUAAUGACAUUUGUUUGUUGUAUUUAUCCCUGUCUUGCUCUGCUAUGGGAGGAAGGAAGGACAAUAUGUGCAUGCAAGUGUAUACACACAAAAUUCCUUGCAGCUGUGC